CUUGUGUGUGUGUGUGUGUGCGAUCGCGCAUGUGUUUGUGUUCACACAGAACAUCAAGAGAGCGAGAGAGAUCGAAUUAAUACACUAUUCGUGUUUGUUUGGAAGAGUGAAAUCACCACUGCCGCAUAUAAACACACACUAUGUCCGUACAUGGAUGAGUGUUGGUGUUCUUGCCGUUGGCGUUGCCAUUGUUGUAUCAUCACUCACUGUUUCAGAUAUUCAAUGUUCUGAUGUCUAUAACUAUGGGAAAAGAUUAAAGGAAAUUGAGAAAACUGGAGCACAGUUAUUGCUUUCAUCGAUUUUGUUACUUCACGUGCCUAAAUCAAUGAAAUCAAACUGGAUUAUUAUUCAUAGUAUUAUUAUUAUUAUUACUACUACUAUUAUUAUAUCCCACUUGGGUUAAUACUUAGAAAUAGAGAAAGAAUAAUGCUAAUAAUAUGUGGAAGGAUGGAUUAAAGCUCAUCUGAAUAUUCAUUGGGCAAAAUAUCCAUAUAUUUCUCUUCUUUACAACACAUUUUAACCUUGAAUAUUUAUAUAUACAUAUAUAUAUUCAUUCUUUCUGUAUACUAUACUAUUAUUAUUAUAAGUCAUAAUUGUCACCUUUCAUUGUUAUCUCUAACGUAUAACGCAUAUAAUUCUAUUUUAGCAAAAGCACACCAAUAAAGAAGCGAUGAACUGAUUCAACUCAUUUGCAUAUAAAUAUAUACUCACAUACAUACACCCAUACAUAUUAAUUGCUAGUGAUGAAAUACAAAAUGCUCCAAAUCACUGAACAACGGAGUAGUACCCUCUGUACUCUUAGUAUUAAUAUUACUACUUAUAUCAAGUAUUGAGUAAUUUAUACACACACAUACACCAAACUAUUUUGCAUUCCAGGUGAUAUAUAUACAUACAAUAAUAUUGCUCAUAUUUUAAAGUCACCGCUUACUUUGUGCGGGAUUUAAACAGCGGCAACAAUAAACAAACCCAAGAACAAUAAAAAAAAUCACUGGGAAUUUUCUUAUUUUUGAUUAUGUCAAAUAAUACAAAUCGUGAUCCAGUGAAAAUGACAAAUUUGAAUCAGACGAAGAAAAAUCAAGAUGGUGAUGCAUUAGAUACGGUUAUAAUCCCACUGAAUUCCACAUCAACACCAUCAUCAACUGGAAAAGGUCAUCAAUUGAAGAAUAGUACUUCUAAAUUAUUAUAUCUGCUAAUUAUUUUAUUAUUUCUAUUAAUUAUGAUAUUUUUAAUUAUUGCUACUGUCAUCGCUGUCUACUAUUCACAGGCUUAUCGUAAAUGUCAAAUUGCUAAAGAUACUGAUGUGACACACUUGAGGUAUACCGACUUGGAUGAAAUGUAUGCAACAGAUAACAUUACAGAAGAUUAUCUUCAUAAGGAGCUUGAUAUAUUAUCACAUCGUAAAAUGAAAGAUGUCCGACUGCCAUACACUGUACUUCCACGAUUUUAUGACUUAAAACUUCAAGUUCAUUUGCACGAAGAGAAGACAGCCGAUUUUUUCUUUAAUGGAUCAGUUAGCAUUAAAGUUUAUUGCUCAAUUUCUACUCAAGAAUUUUUCGUACAUGCUCAUGAAAGUUUAACUAUCAGUUUAAAUGAAAUCAGUAUGUUUGCUUUAAAUAAAGACAAUGAAACAGUUGAAGAAAUUACCUUGAAAAAUGUAUCUUAUGAAAGAGACUUUGAAUGGUAUCGGAUAGAGUUGGUGCAUUCACUUCAACCGUAUACAUUUUAUCAAUUACAAUUUGGACAGUUUCGUUCACCUUUAAUUGAACAAUUAAAAGGAUGGUAUUUAAGUAAAUAUUUGGAAAAUGGGACCUACAAAUAUUUAGCAACUAGUCAACUUCAACCAACGGAUGCUAGACGUGUAUUUCCUUGCUGGGAUGAGCCUGGAUUUAAGGCACAAUUUCAGGUUAGAAUUAUCCGCAAGAAACAUUAUCAUUCACUUUCAAAUAUGGCACUGGAGAAGACCGAAAUACUGCACGACGACUGGCAUAUGGAUGUAUAUGAGCCUAGUCUUAAUAUGUCAACAUAUUUAUUGGCAUUUGUAGUGUCACAAUUUGCAUCAGUACGUGAUGUCGACUCAAAAGGAAGAAAUUUUACUGUUUGGGCGAGACCAGAUAAGAUCAAUUCAGCUAUGUACGCACUGGAUAUUGGAAAGAAAAUUAUUCGAUUCUUUGAAGAUUACUUUGAACUGUCAUAUCCACUUAAAAAGACAGACAUGGUAGCUGUUCCUGAUUUUGCUGCUGGCGCUAUGGAAAAUUGGGGUCUAAUGAUUUACCGAGAGGCAACAAUGCUAUGGGAUCCUGAAUAUGGUACAGCAGUAACUCAGCAAAAAGUGGCGACUGUAAUUUCACAUGAAGUUGCCCACCAGUGGUUUGGAAAUUUGGUAACUUUGAAAUGGUGGGAUGAUCUGUGGCUUAAUGAAGGUUUUGCCAGCUUUGCUGAAUAUAUUGGAGUGGAUCAUGUUCAUCCAGAAUGGGGAAUGGAUGAACAAUUUCUUCUUGAUGAUAUACAAAAAGUGUUGGUGAGUGAUUCAUUAGCCACCUCACGUCCAGUUAUUCAACCUGUUUGUCUUCCCGAUGAAAUUAAUGAAAUUUUUGAUCCAAUAUCAUAUAAUAAAGGAGCAUCUGUUCUAAGAAUGAUGGAGUCUUUCAUGGGUCGUAAUGCAUUUCGAGCAGGUGUUAAGAAUUACCUGUAUCAGAAUAAAUAUAAAAAUACUGUCCAUGAAGAUCUGUGGAGAGCGCUUACUGCGGGUAUGGCAAUUUAUGCUGAAUAUAAUCCCUUUCCGGCCUCAGAAGCUGUAAACAAAGAAGUCAAUGUCAAGUCAGUUAUGGAUACAUGGAUGAAACAAAUGAAUUAUCCGCUUGUAAUUAUUCAAAGGACUAGUGAUAAUCAAUUUCAUUUUGAACAGAAGCAUUAUUUAGAACCAGCAGAUGCUAAACCCCCGAAAAAUCCAUCCCCUUACAACUUUACUUGGAAAAUCCCACUGACGUAUGGAUCAGGCAAAACUGAUAAUUGGGAUGAAGUAGACGUUAUCUGGAUGAUGAACAAGACAAUGACCCAAACACUAGACGUUGAACCGAAUUCAUGGUAUUUAUUUAAUAUUAAACAAGCUGGAUUUUAUCGUGUUCAUUAUGCUGAUAAUAACUGGGAAUUGUUAACCCAGCAGUUGAAUAAAGACUUUCGAGCUAUUCCACUUCAUUCACGUACACAGAUUUUGGAUGAUUUGUUCAACUUAGCCAAUCGUGAUGCUGUCUCCUACUCUGUCUACCUGAAUUUAACGAAAUAUUUGAAAAAAGAAGACCAAUAUGUUGCAUGGGAAACAACACGGAGGGCACUUUCUUUCCUAGAUCGUAUGUUAGCUAUGGAUGAAAUUUAUGGAGCUUUUCAAGCGUAUCUGCGUCUCCUUGUUGAUGAACCUCUUAAAACAGUAGACUGGAAAACUAUGAAAGAAGACAAAGACCACAUGAAACACAUGUUACGCUUGACUUUAACUCGGUUAGCAUGUCAAGCUGAACAUCAUUUUUGUGUUAAAAUGGCCUCAGAAUAUUAUAAAAACUGGAUGCAGAAUCCUGAAGAGAACUUAAUACCACCGAGUCUAAGACCAGCUGUCUACUGCACAGCUAUUCGUAUAGGUGGUCAAAAAGAAUGGCAAUUUUUGAAAGAUAAAUUGUCGCAAGUAGACAUUAAAGAAGAUGAAAAGAGUAGUAUAUUACAAGCACUAUCCUGUUCUCGUGAUAUGUGGAUUGUCCGACUUCAUCUGAACUGGAUUAUAAUGAAUUAUGAAAAAGAUCCUCAGGAUUCAUUGGAUGCCCUGUCAUCUGUUGCUGUAUUUCCAAUUGGUCAAAGACUGAUAUGGGAGCAUGUUCACAAGGCAGUGAGAUAUAUAUCAAAUGAAGGUAAAAAUGCAACUCAGGCAAUAACAAAAAGUAGCAUGUUAUUUAAUAUGCUGAAGAUCCUGUCAAAACGCCAUUAUACACUGAAUAACAUACCAGAUCAGGAAGAAGUACUUGAUAUGCAGAUAUCUGGACAAAAAUUACGUGAAAAUAAUCUGCUAAGGGUUGCAAUCUCUGAUUUGCUUAAAAGAUUCAAAGAAAAUACCAAAUGGACUGAAGCUUAUCUCUCGGUCAUCAAAAAGUGGUUAAAUGAAAAUGUCCCAGAUACAACAAUCUUACUUUAGAAGAACACAAUUAUAAUAAUAAUAAUUAUAAUGAUAAUUAACUGAUAAAAAGUUUUCAUAUUAACAAUGUUUUAUUUAUAUAACUGUUCGUAGAAUAAAGUGUUAUUAUUAUAAUUAUUAAUAUUAUUAUUAUUACUGAUAUUAUUACUGGAUAGUCAGUGAAACAGAUCCAAGUGUUCAGAUACCCCUGUCAAUGUGUUCCCAACAAUACUAAUAAUACUACUACUAAUACUCAUAAUAAUAAUAAUAAUAAUUUUUCAGUGUGAAACAUGCAAUAGCCGUGUUACCUACACACAUAUACACUCAUUGUAUUUUGUCGUUUAACCUUCAUUUUGUCUCAAUUUUGAUGUGACCUCUUUUGUUUUUUUUCUAAAAAUUAUUUUUAAAGCAUAAAAUCUAUUUGUCUUUUUCGAGGAUAUUCUCAUCAGCAUUUGAUCUUUUAUGCAUUUCAUGUUCAAAUCCUUUGAAAGGCAUCAAAAGAAGGGAAGAUGUUCACUAGCACACACACACACCCCCACACACACACAAGUGUUACGAAUACUCUUCAUGUACUAACCUUCGUUUCCUCUUCUUAAAAGCGGUCAGUUGUGGGAAAUUGACUCUUUCUGUUUUCGAUCGACGGAUCAGUCGAUGGAUGGAUGGAUGGAUGGUUGGACGAAGGAAUGAAUGAAUUUAUUAUUAUUGUUAUUAUUAUUAUUAUAAUGAAUACUGAGAAUAUAUAUUUUCAAUUUGUAAAUCUAUCUGUCUCACCCAAUAAAUCAGUCAGUGUGAUUCCUCCCAAUAUCCCGCUUUCUUUUCCUACCAUGUGUCUUGUAUCAAGUAUCAAUUAUCAGACGAAAAAGAGGAAAAAGGAGAAGAGGAAUAAAGCGAAUUGUUUAACAAGUAGAAUAUUAGACAAAAAAAUUAUUUAACCGGCAAUAGAACAAGCGUCAUAAGGAGGUAUACAAGUUUAUUAUAUAUAUAUACUACUUAUACUACUAUUAUGGUUAUUAAGUAGUCGAUAAGAAACGUGAGUAUAUUUGUAUACAAAGAUAACCUAAUAGUUUUAAACAAUAUUCGUUUUAAUGGAAUCCUUAUAGUCUUAUGAGUUUCUAUCUCAUUUCCAAUAAGACAAAUGAAAAACAACAACAACUAUGAUUUUGUUUUUAUUCAUACACAUUUGAAUUUCUUCUAUCUCCCGACUAUGAGAACUACAAACAAAAGAAAAGCAGUAGUUACUGUUUAUAAAAAUUAUAUAUUCUGUUUAAAAAAAACAAUACACUACUAAUAUCACAAAUAUAAAUACACUUAUUU